GCUAUAAUGUACCUGCACUGCCGACAUUAAUAUUUUCACCAGACUUAUCCACUACUCCCUAUUCAUUGUAUUCAAUAUUCAAGAGUACUACUAAUUAAAAUACCUUUCCCAACCUCCUCAUACAAGUUACUAAAAUCACUACCAGAUGCUUCCAGACUCUUCUAUAACCUCCUUCCUUCCUUCUCACCUCUUAAGAACCCCCUUCUCUCCCUUUUCCUCAUCAUAUCUAUACUAUUUGUAUCAAUACAUAGUUCUUUGGUCUCUCAUCCAUGGCUUCUGAUGAAACUGAGAUGACGCUUUAUGACUUUCUCAUCAAUUUAAGCAACAGAGGUCUUUUUCAGUUCUCACCAAACUCACGAUUCAACCUCGACCCAGUUCAGGAUUCAUCGCAAAGAUCCGACCCACCUGUUUCUGAUCAAACGGAGAUGCCCCAGGUGACACCAAAUGACCAAUUGAAUAAUUCAAGAACUACUGAUCUUUCUCAGAACACACCCAUCACAACCGACUCCACAGAUUCGCAAACCAACACCGACCCAGAUCAAGAUUCAUCAGAAAGAUCCGACCCACGUGAUCGGAUCAUCCUUUUGAACCCCUUGACACGGCGCGUGGUGGUGAUCGAAGGCAGCGCGUCGAGAAUUGAUGCUCUGGUGCGUAACCUAACGGGCCCCACUGGCCCACCACCAGCUUCAAAAGCAUCAAUCGAAGCUAUGCGAUCAGUGGAAACUAAAGAGGAUGAUGAGUGUGUGAUAUGUAUGGAUGAGUUUGUGGGUGGCUUGGCUAAAGAGAUGCCUUGUAAGCAUAAGUUCCAUGGGGAGUGUGUUGAAAAGUGGCUUAAAAUUAAUGGGUCUUGUCCUGUUUGUAGAUAUAAGAUGCCUGAGGAAGAUGAUAAUGAUUUUAAUCACAAGAAUCCUUUUGAGGGUGAAGAGGUGAGGAGAAGAGGAAGCUUUGUUACUAUUAGCGUUGGCACACUAAGGGUGGAACCAAAUCAAAUGGCUACACAAGGUUCUGAUGGACAAGACAGUGAGAUACAAUCAAUAGAUUAGUUACAAGUUAGAACACAAGAUUUUAUUUUUUCCUUGUUACAAUUUUUAUGGUUAUGUCUUUCUCAGCACAAUGCAGGAAAAACAAGAUGUUUUCUACCGCAUGUUUGAGUAAAUAUUUGAUUUUAUAUUGGUUA